AUGAUUUAAUAGAAUGAAGAAUCUAUUGAUGACUAUUUGAUCAAACUUUAUAAUGAAAAGAAAAUGAGUGAAGAAAUAAAAGAGAAAAUAAUGAAAUCUAUUGAGAAAUUUGUAAAAUUGUUAAAACAAAUAAAUUAUAAAUCACUUAAUCCUCCCCUUUCAAAGUUAUAUCAUAGUUAUUUUGGUUCGCUUUUAAAUGGUUUUGGUACAUAAUCAUCAGAUGUUGAUUACACAAUAUUAACUAAUUCUUAUGUUAAUGAAAAGCAAUUCCUUUAAUUUACAAAAUAAGAAAUUGAAAAAAUUAUCAAAUCAAAUAAAACUUAUUAGAGAUUUGUAAUAGAAAGGUAUGUUGAUUCUGCUCGUAUUCCAGUUAUUAAUAUUAAGGAUACAAUUGAAAAUGUGGAGUUUGAUUUAUGUGUCAAUAAUAUUCUUGGAGUAAUAAAUACAAAAUUAUUAAAUUAAUAUGCUAAUCUUCAUGAAUAUGUUAAAAUAGGUGGUAUUUUAUUAAAAAUAUGGGGUAAAGCAUAAAAAUUAAUAAAUUAAAAUGAUUUCUCUUCUUAUUAGAUUAUUUUGAUGUGGAUUUCAUUUUUAUAAAGGGAACAUAAAUUACCAGUUUUAUAAGAUUAAGAAUAUUUACGUUAAAGAAAUGAUUAAUCAGGUAAAUUAUAAAUUGCCAGAGCCAAACCAGGUGAUGACAUAUAAACAGCAAGCGAUCGUUUUACAACAGAUGUUAGUUUUUUAACUGAUCCAGAAAUAAUCAAAUAGAAAAUGGAAUAAUGUACAAUAGGAAGUUCAAAGAUAAGUGAAUUAUUAAGAGAUUUUUGGAAAUUUUAUUAAUAUCCUGAUGGUAAAUUUUUUAAAGAUGAAUACAUAAUUUCAAUCCAUUUACCAAAUCAUUAAUUAUAAAAAAAAUGGGCAACAAAUAAUAAAUUCUUAACAAAAGAUCCUUUUGAUAUUUCACAUGAUCCAGGUUAAAGGGUUAAGAAUAUAGAAGAAAGAAGAUUAGAGAUAUUUGAAAAAUCAAAAAUAAUAAUGUAGAAAUAAUUAUUAUAAUAAGUAAAGGAUAUAUUUUCAUAAUGA